AUGUCAGAUAAGGAUGUUUUUGAACAUCACACUCAUUCAAUUCAUAAAUGCGUCGAGACACUUCGUUUAGAAGGAGAAUUCAUAUAUGAAAAACUAUCAAAAAUAUUUAAAAUGUGGAACGAAAAAUUGUUAUGUGAUGGUGAAAUGGUUGGAAUUUAUAUUUUGUGCUAUAUUCAAUAUCGGAAACCGGAUACGUGGUUACAAACAAAGCGAACACAAACACUUUGUACAAUGGAAGAUGAUUCUAAUUUUAUAUCACUCUAUGAUAUUUCAUGUUUACAAUUUAAUGAUAAAACUCGUCGACGCUUACCUCUUCGUCCCACUAUUUAUUCUCUGUUUGGUAAUUAUGUUUUACAAACAAUUCCUCUACCGGUUUCUCGCUCAAUUGUUAGAUGGUUAGAGCCCGAGCAACACUGGAAACUCACACUGAUGACUAUUAUUCCAUCGCCAUUUCAAGUAUUGAGACAACAGUCACAGGGAGAACGAGUAGUAACAAUGAUUGUGGAAAAGGAGACAAUGUCUAAGUUAAUCAUGAAUGAACACGAUGCUUUUAGUUUCAUAUUACAUGAUUUAUGUCAUUCCAAUAAAUUUUAUUUAAAUCAAGAUAAUUUUCAUGGUCAAGUUGGCUUUUAUCGUCUCAUUUUGCAAGCAAUUGAUGCUGAUUUGUUUUCAUCAAAAAUGUUAGAAUCGGACUCACAAUUUUCUCAAGAAUUUGACUAUUGUAUAUCGGAUAUGAAUACAUACUGUGUUCAUCUAUUAAAAUAUCUCAAAGCCUGUCUUCUAUUUCAUUUUUUAAGAAUAAAUGGACAAAGAAUUGAAGAAAAAUUAAAUUCAGAAAGUCAAUACAUGUACGAACAAUUUCUCGAACAAUUGAUGAAACUAUGGAACAUGAAUGAUGAUGAAAAAGAAGCCGUGAGAUGUUUGAAUAGUGAUGAAUUUCGAGCUAAAGAACAUUGUACAAUUUUACAAAAUUAUUUUGAGACACAUGGACUUUUAAAAUAA